AUGGCCGUCGCUCUGGACAUGGACGAAGUGAGGGGGAAUUUCCCCGCAUUGGCUGGAGGGAAUGUGUACUUUGACAAUGCCGGCGGCUCCCUGACGUUGGGGGCCGUGGCUGAACGCAUCCGAGACUACCUCCUGAACACCAACGUCCAGCUUGGGGCCAGCUAUGCCACAUCCCAAGUGGCCACAAAGCGCUAUGCCGAGGGCUAUGCUGCCGCCGCAGAGUUCAUUGGCGCCUCACCAGAGGAAGUGGCGCUCGGCCCGUCUACUACGCAACUACUCUACAACGUCUCCUACGCCCUAAACUUCCAAGAAGGCGACGAGAUCAUCGUCUCCAUCAUCGACCACGAAGCCAACAUCGCGCCCUGGGUCCUCCUCGCCCAGCGCCAAAACCUCACCCUCAAAUGGUGGCACCCCAACACCACCACCACCACCCCCACCAACCCCACCCUCCUCGCCUCUGACCUCCCCGCCCUCCUCACCCCCAAAACCCGCCUCGUCACCUGCACCCACGCCAGCAACAUCCUCGGCACCAUCCACGACAUCCGCGCCAUCACCGCCACCGUGCGCGCCCACAGCCCGCACGCCCUCGUCUGCGUCGACGCCGUCGCCUACGCGCCCCACCGGCCCAUCGACGUCCGCGCCCUCGGCGCAGACUUCUACACCUUCUCCUGGUACAAGGUCUACGGCCCGCACCUGGCCCUGCUCUACGCCAGCCCGCGCGCCCUGGCCGCCCUGCGCUCGUUGGGACAUUUCUUUAAUAACCACCGCUCGCUGGAGGAUAAGUUGGGUCUGGCGGCGGCCGGGUAUGAGCUGGUGCAUGCGCUGCCGGCGGUGGUGGCGUAUUUGCGGGGGGGGGAGGGGGGCCGUUGGGCGGGCGUGGCGGCGCAGGAGCGGGCGUUGCAGGGGGUGUUGUUGGGGUGGUUGGCAGGGCGCGAGGAUGUGACCGUGUAUGGGGAGGGUGGUAGUAGUGGUGGUGGUGGUGAUGGCGGGGAGGAUGUGCGUGUGCCGACGGUGAGCUUUACCGUGCGUGGCUGGGGGUCGAGGGCGCUGGUGGAAAGGGUGGAGGCGGAGUGUGAGGGGGCGGUUGGGUUCCGGUGGGGGAGCUUUUACUCGAAGCGGUUGGUGAGCGAGGUGUUGGGGCUUGGGGAGAAGGGGGUGGUGAGGGUGAGUAUGGUGCAUUAUAACACGGAUGAGAAGAGGUGA